AGGAGGAGGAGGAGCCGGGAAGGAGGCUGGCGCUGCGCUUGCUGCCGCCGCUGCUCCUGAGGCCGCCCUGGGAGCCUCCGCCGCCGCCUCCAUUGUCCCGGACGCACCGGGCCCGGGCCCAUGGGCCCUGACCGCCGCCACGGCCCUCGCCAGCCCCUGACGCCGGCCCCGGGGCCUCAGCCGCCCUCGACCCAGGAGACACCAUGGGGGUGGACUUUGAUGUGAAGACAUUCUGCCACAACUUGCGGGCUACCAAACCUCCCUACGAAUGUCCUGUUGACACUUGCCGCAAAAUCUACAAGAGCUAUAGUGGCAUUGAGUACCAUCUGUACCACUAUGACCAUGAUAACCCGCCUCCUCCACAGAGCACCCCUCUGCGCAAGCACAAGAAGAAAGGCAGGCACGGCCGAGUGGCCAACAAGCAGUCACCUAGCCCUUCUGAGACCUCACAGUCGCCGGGUCGUGAAGUCAUGACCUAUGCCCAGGCCCAGCGCAUGGUGGAAGUGGACCUGCAUGGCCGGGUCCAUCGGAUCAGCAUCUUUGACAACCUGGAUGUUGUGUCGGAGGAUGAUGAGGCCCCUGAGGAAGCCCCAGAGAACAACAGCAACAAAGAGAAUACAGAAACCCCCUCGGUGGCCCCCAAAGCUGGUAAGCAUAAGAACAAGGAGAAGCGCAAGGACUCCAAUCACCACCACCACCACAGUGCCUCAGCAGGCAACACACCCAAGCUUCCAGAGGCUGUGUACCGUGAGCUGGACCAGGACACGCCCGACGCACCACCUCGUCCCACCUCCUAUUACAGAUAUAUUGAGAAGUCGGCAGAGGAGCUGGAUGAGGAGGUUGAAUAUGACAUGGAUGAGGAAGAUUAUAUCUGGCUGGACAUUAUGAACGAGCGCCGGAAGACGGAAGGGGUCAGCCCCAUCCCCCAGGAGAUCUUUGAGUACCUGAUGGAUCGGCUAGAGAAGGAAUCCUACUUUGAGAGCCACAACAAGGGAGACCCCAACGCUUUGGUGGAUGAGGAUGCCGUCUGCUGUAUCUGCAAUGACGGGGAGUGUCAGAACAGCAACGUCAUCCUCUUCUGUGACAUGUGCAACCUGGCUGUGCACCAAGAGUGCUACGGUGUUCCCUAUAUCCCAGAGGGCCAGUGGCUGUGCCGUCGCUGCCUGCAGUCGCCCUCCCGGGCUGUUGACUGUGCCCUCUGCCCAAACAAAGGAGGAGCUUUCAAACAGACGGACGAUGGACGGUGGGCCCACGUGGUUUGUGCCCUCUGGAUCCCAGAGGUCUGCUUUGCCAACACUGUCUUCCUGGAGCCCAUCGACAGCAUAGAACACAUCCCACCAGCCCGGUGGAAAUUGACCUGCUACAUCUGCAAGCAGCGAGGCUCAGGGGCCUGUAUCCAGUGCCACAAAGCCAACUGCUACACUGCCUUCCAUGUCACCUGUGCUCAGCAGGCUGGGCUGUACAUGAAAAUGGAGCCCGUCAGGGAGACAGGGGCCAAUGGCACCUCCUUCAGCGUCCGCAAGACAGCUUACUGUGACAUCCACACGCCACCGGGCUCCAUGCGACACCUGCCUGCCCUUUCCCACAGCGAAGGGGAGGAGGAAGAAGAGGAGGAGGAGGAAGAUGGGAAAGGCUGGAGCUCUGAAAAGGUGAAAAAGGCCAAGGCAAAGUCUCGGAUCAAAAUGAAGAAAGCAAGGAAAAUCCUAGCAGAGAAAAGAGCUGCUGCUCCAGUGGUGUCAGUACCUUGUAUUCCUCCCCACAGGCUCAGUAAGAUCACUAACCGCUUGACCAUUCAGCGAAAGAGUCAGUUCAUGCAGAGGCUGCACAGCUAUUGGACUCUGAAGAGGCAAUCCCGCAAUGGGGUUCCCUUGCUCCGCCGGCUCCAGACUCACCUGCAGUCACACAGGAACUGUGAUCAAGGCCGGCCAGCUCCUCCUCCGCCUGUGUCCAAGACCGAGCAGACUCUGAUGUUCCUGCAGCGAGAUAACACAGAGGAUAAGAACUGGGCCCUGAAAGAGCAGCUGAAAUCCUGGCAGCGCCUCCGCCACGACCUGGAACGAGCGCGCUUGCUGGUGGAAUUAAUUCGGAAACGGGAGAAGCUCAAGAGAGAGACGAUUAAAAUCCAGCAAGUGGCACUAGAAAUGCAGCUGACCCCGUUCCUCAUUCUCUUGCGCCGGACACUCGAGCAGCUCCAGGAGAAGGACACAGGCAACAUCUUCAGCCAGCCGGUCCCGCUGUCUGAGGUAACAGAACUCUACGAAGUCCCUGACUAUCUGGACCACAUCAAGAAGCCCAUGGACUUCUACACCAUGAAGCAGAAGCUAGAGGGCUAUCGCUACCUGAACUUGGAUGAGUUUGAGGAGGACUUCAACCUGAUUGUCACCAACUGCUUGAAGUACAAUGCCAAAGACACCAUCUUCUACCGGGCUGCUGUCCGGUUGCGAGAGCAAGGGGGUGCUGUGUUGCGGCAGGCACGCCGGCAGGCUGAGAAGAUGGGCAUUGACUUCGAGACAGGCAUGCACUUCCCCAUGGCUGGGGAUGAAGCACCUCUGCGGAGCACUGAGAAUGAUGAGGAGCGGCUCCUGCUGUCCGAAAACCAGAAGCACCUGCCCCUCGAAGACCAGAUGAACCUCCUGCUGGAGCGUCUGGCCGAGGUGAGCGCCGGGAAGCAGAGCGUAGGCCGCUGUCGGCGGGCCAAGAUGAUCAAGAAGGAGAUCACGGCCUUGCGGCGCAAACUGGCACACCAGCGGGAGACGGGGAGGGAUGGGCACGGCCCCUUGGCCCGCAUCAUUCUGCCGACCCAUAACCCCUGCGAGAAGGAUACUCAAACCGACAGUGCCGCUGAGGAGAGCAGCAGCCAGGAAACCGGCAAAGGCCUUGGCCCCAACUCUUCCUCUACCCCAGCACAUGAAGUUGGCAGGAGAACGUCAGUGCUAUUCUCCAAGAAGAAUCCCAAGACUGCUGGGCCUCCCAAACGUCCUGGGCGUCCACCCAAGAACCGUGACAGUCAGCUGGCUCCCGGUCAUGGGAACAGCCCAGUGGGGCCCCCUCAGCUACCAAUCAUGAGCUCCCAGCGGCAACGCAAGAGGGGAAGGAGUCCGCGCCCCAGCUCCAGUUCAGACAGCGACAGCGACAAAUCGGCCGAGGAUGCUCCUCUUGACUUGCCAGCUAAUGGCUUCAGCAGUGCCAACCAGCCUGUUAAGAAGAGUUUCCUCGUUUAUCGCAGUGACUACAACCUCCCUCGCAGCAGUUCUGACUCAGAGUCAAGCAGCACUAGCAGCAGCAGUGCUGCAUCUGACCGCACCAGCACGACUCCUUCCAAACAAGGGAGAGGGAAGCCCUCUUUCUCCCGUGUGAAUUUCCCAGAGGAUAGCAGUGAAGACUCAUCGGGAACAGAAAAUGAAUCCUACUCGGUGGGAACUGGCCGAGGAGUGGGUCAUGGCAUGGUACGGAAAAGCAUCAGCCGAUCAGCUGGCUGGUUGUCUGAGGAUGAGGACUCCCCUCUGGAUGCCCUGGAUCUGGUGUGGGCCAAAUGCCGGGGUUACCCAUCUUAUCCAGCACUGGUGAGUUUAUGGAUAUAUUUGCAUAUAUACACCACAUACAUAAGGCCCAGAGAGACACAGCCAGAGGAGAUCUUGGUGUUGUAGAACCUUGUGAGGUAGCUGCUAGAAAGCAGAAUACAAAUUUAGGAAUAAGCGAAGAGUAGUUUGGAUACAAAACCAAGACCAGGGUAAUCGAAGGCAAAUAAUAAAGAAUAUGAAAAAGUAUGAGUCAGUGAUCAUUGAAUAAACACCAUUGUAAAUCACAUAAGUAGAAAUAGAAUGUUUUUAAUGUUAAAAGUAAGGUUUUCUAAAUGUUGUGGAGAGAGGGAAGUUUAAAAGGGAGAUUUUUCUUUUUUAGUGUGUGAGUAAAAGUAUGGCACAUCUCCACUGUAACACAUCUAUGUCUUUCCUUCUUGUGUUUCUUGUUGCUGCUGUUGUUAUUAUGUACUUGCAAGUCAACUCUAACGUAUGGAAACAUUAACAUUGGGUUUUUAUGGCAAGAUUUAUUCAGAGGUUUGCCUUUGCCUCCCCCUAAUGCUGAGAGACUGUGACUUGCCCACACCCAAUUGGUUUCUCUGGCUGAGUGGAGGUUCAAACCU